CGAAGGCGGCGGCGGCGGCAGCUGCAGCCCCACACUCAGCCGCCAAACUGGAGGAGCGACGGAAGCCGGACCCCAGGAGGAUGGAGGAUGAAGCCGUCCUGGACAGAGGGGCUUCCUUCCUUAAGCAUGUGUGUGAUGAAGAAGAAGUAGAAGGCCACCACACCAUCUACAUCGGGGUCCAUGUGCCAAAGAGCUACAGGAGAAGGAGACGUCACAAGAGAAAGGCAGGGCACAGAGAAAAGAAGGAAAAGGAGAGAAUCUCUGAGAACUACUCUGACAAGUCCGAUGUGGAGAACGCGGAUGAGUCCAGUAGCAGCAUCCUAAAGCCUCUCAUCUCUCCCGCCGCAGAACGCAUCCGAUUCAUCUUGGGCGAGGAGGAUGACAGUCCAGCGCCCCCUCAGCUCUUCACGGAACUGGAUGAGCUGCUGGCCGUGGAUGGUCAGGAGAUGGAGUGGAAGGAGACAGCGAGGUGGAUUAAGUUUGAAGAAAAAGUGGAACAGGGUGGGGAGAGAUGGAGCAAGCCCCACGUAGCCACCUUGUCUCUUCAUAGCUUAUUUGAGCUGAGGACAUGUAUGGAGAAAGGAUCCAUCAUGCUGGACAGGGAGGCUUCUUCUCUCCCGCAGUUGGUGGAGAUGAUUGUUGACCAUCAGAUUGAGACAGGCCUAUUGAAACCUGACCUUAAGGAUAAGGUGACCUAUACUUUGCUCCGGAAGCACCGGCAUCAAACCAAGAAAUCCAACCUUCGAUCCCUGGCUGACAUUGGGAAGACAGUCUCCAGUGCAAGUAGGAUGUUUACCAACCCUGAUAAUGGUAGCCCAGCCAUGACCCACAGGAAUCUGACUUCUUCCAGUCUGAAUGACAUCUCUGAUAAACCAGAGAAGGACCAGCUGAAGAAUAAGUUCAUGAAAAAACUGCCACGUGAUGCCGAAGCCUCCAACGUGCUUGUUGGCGAGGUCAACUUCUUAGAUUCUCCUUUCAUUGCCUUUGUUCGGCUGCAGCAGGCCGUCAUGCUGGGUGCCCUGACUGAGGUCCCUGUGCCCACAAGGUUCUUGUUCAUUCUCUUAGGUCCUAAGGGGAAAGCCAAGUCCUACCAUGAGAUUGGCAGAGCCAUUGCCACCUUGAUGUCUGACGAGGUGUUCCAUGACAUCGCUUAUAAAGCGAAAGAUAGGCAGGACCUGAUUGCUGGCAUUGACGAGUUCCUAGAUGAAGUCAUUGUCCUUCCACCCGGGGAAUGGGAUCCAGCGAUCAGGAUAGAGCCCCCUAAGAGUCUUCCAUCAUCUGACAAAAGAAAGAAUAUGUACUCAGGUGGAGAAAAUGUUCAGAUGAACGGGGACACGCCCCAUGAUGGAGGCCACGGAGGAGGAGGACAUGCAGAUUGUGAGGAGUUACAGCGCACUGGAAGGUUCUGUGGUGGACUAAUUAAGGACAUAAAGAGGAAAGCACCAUUUUUUGCCAGUGAUUUUUAUGAUGCUUUAAAUAUUCAGGCUCUUUCAGCAAUUCUCUUCAUUUAUCUGGCAACAGUAACUAAUGCUAUCACUUUUGGAGGACUGCUUGGGGAUGCCACUGACAACAUGCAGGGCGUGUUGGAGAGUUUCCUGGGCACCGCUGUCUCUGGAGCCGUCUUUUGCCUCUUCGCUGGUCAACCACUCACUAUUUUGAGCAGCACAGGACCUGUUCUAGUUUUUGAGAGGCUUCUAUUUAAUUUCAGCAAGGACCAUAAUUUUGACUACUUGGAGUUUCGCCUUUGGAUUGGCCUGUGGUCAGCCUUCAUGUGUCUCAUUUUGGUGGCCACUGAUGCCAGCUUCUUGGUUCAGUACUUCACUCGCUUCACUGAAGAGGGCUUCUCUUCUCUGAUUAGUUUCAUCUUUAUCUACGAUGCUUUCAAGAAGAUGAUCAAGCUAGCUGAUUACUACCCCAUCAACUCCAACUUCAAAGUGGGCUACAAUACUCAAUUUUCCUGUGUUUGUAUGCCUCCCAACCCAGUUAAUAUCUCCAUGUCUAAUGAUACCACAUUGGCUCCUGAAGAUUUGCCACCUAUUUCUUCUACUGACGUGCACCAUAAUGCUACCUUUGACUGGGCACUUCUGACGACGAAGGAGUGUUUGAAAUAUGGAGGAAAGCUCAUGGGCAACAACUGUGGUUUUGUUCCUGAUAUCACUCUCAUGUCUUUCAUCCUUUUCUUGGGCACCUACACCUCUUCUAUGGCUCUGAAAAAAUUCAAAACUAGUCGUUAUUUUCCAACCACGGCAAGAAAACUGAUCAGUGACUUUGCCAUUAUCUUGUCCAUUCUCAUCUUUUGUGUAAUAGAUGCCCUGGUAGGUGUGGAUACUCCAAAACUGAUUGUGCCAAGUGAGUUCAAGCCAACAAGUCUAAACCGAGGUUGGUUUGUUCCACCAUUUGGAGGAAACCCCUGGUGGGUGUACCUUGCAGCUGCUAUACCUGCUUUGUUGGUCACCAUUCUCAUUUUCAUGGACCAGCAAAUCACAGCUGUGAUUGUAAACAGGAAAGAACAUAAACUCAAGAAAGGAGCUGGAUAUCACCUGGAUCUCUUUUGGGUGGCCAUCCUCAUGGUGGUGUGCUCCUUCAUGGCCCUUCCGUGGUACGUGGCUGCUACUGUCAUCUCCAUUGCUCACAUCGACAGUUUGAAGAUGGAGACAGAGACUUCUGCACCUGGAGAACAACCAAAAUUCCUAGGAGUGAGGGAACAAAGAGUCACUGGAACCCUUGUGUUUAUUCUGACUGGUCUGUCAGUCUUUAUGGCUCCCAUCUUGAAGUUUAUUCCCAUGCCUGUACUCUAUGGCGUGUUCCUGUAUAUGGGGGUAGCAUCUCUUAAUGGUGUGCAGUUCAUGGAUCGUCUGAAGCUGCUGCUGAUGCCCCUGAAGCAUCAGCCUGACUUUAUCUACCUGCGCCAUGUCCCCCUGCGCAGAGUCCACCUGUUCACUUUCCUGCAGGUGCUCUGUCUAGCCCUGCUCUGGAUCCUCAAGUCAACCGUGGCUGCUAUCAUUUUCCCAGUCAUGAUCUUGGCACUUGUAGCUGUCAGAAAAGGCAUGGACUACCUCUUCUCCCAGCACGACCUCAGCUUCCUCGAUGAUGUCAUUCCAGAAAAGGAUAAGAAAAAGAAGGAGGAUGAGAAGAAAAAGAAAAAGAAGAAGGGAAGUCUGGACAGUGACAAUGACGAUUCUGACUGCCCAUACUCAGAAAAAGUUCCAAGUAUUAAAAUUCCAAUGGACAUCAUGGAACAGCAGCCUUUCCUAAGUGAUAGCAAACCUUCUGACAGGGAAAAAUCACCAACAUUCCUUGAACGCCACACAUCAUGCUGAUAAAAUUCCUUUCCUUCAGUCACUCGGUAUGCCAAGUCCUUCUAGAACUCCAGUAAAAGUUGUGCCUCAAAUUAGAAUAGAACUUGAGCCUGAAGACAAUGAUU